CUUUUUCAAGUUAAAUGGCUUGCUCCGUAACUCUAUGCAGCUUGAUGUCGACAAACAUAAAUAACUAUCAUAUUCUCCAAGCUGUAUUGUACACCGCUGUUCACCCAACACAUCCCGCAUAUCCUCCUUUCCCUAAGGAUCCCACAUUUCGUAAUUCCGUCAGGAUGUAAAGUACAGGUCGGUAGUAAGCCAAUCUUGGGUAUAUUUUUGAAAAGGGUUCUCAUUCACCCUAUCCCAACCAAGAGCAAGCAAGAAACCAGAGCCACCAUUCCACGCCCCAAUAUCUCGGUGAUCAUGCGGCUAACAUGGUAAUAUCUUAUUUUUACUCCUACCUAUUUCUCACCUUUCAAUCGUUUCGGCACGACCAGGUUAUAAUGGUCUAAAGUCUAGGCAUAUAUUGAGCCAUAGAAAUAAGGCGGAUAGACAUUCCAUGGCCCCCAUCUCCCGGCACCAGAUCGAGGCAAGGACGCACGGAUUGAUCAGUGGGAUUUGCUGGAGGGGACAGACAGAACGGCCAGCAGAUGCGCGCCAUACGACGCUUUAUUGGCUGCUUUCCCCCCCCGCCAAUCCGUCGAGGGGGCGGCAGAAGUCCAGAGGUGCCUACGGGGACGCAUCAGCAGCUUCAACCGGUCAGAGCAGAGAGAGGGAGCAGAGCUUGGUUCAGAUGCGGGUUCCCGCACUCACAGCAAUUUUUAUUUAUUUAUUUAUUUAUGCGUGUCCACAAAGGCACUUGAAGUCUGCACGCGGAAUGCUGGAUCGGAGUUGUUGGUCAGCAAGCAGAGAGAGAGAGAGUGUGUGUGUGUGUGUGUGUGUGCGUAUGUAUACAGACAUUACACUAGGUAGUUAGAGGCUUCUGCUGCGGCUGCUCCUGCUUCUGUUGUUAUUAUUAUUAUAUACGUGUAGUCGCCUCUGGGAGUUAGCUUAACUACUCCGUAUAUCGACUGCAAAAAGGAUCAUACUGGAUAAGGAAGUGCUGUUGUUGUUCUCGAGGGGCCCAUGAAAACAGACAAGAAGAUUACACAAGGUUUUUUGCUUGUAGGUCAUUGUGCAGCUCUCAUGGAACGGAAAGGCGCAUUGUGAGGUUGUAAUUGGCAACUGUGUAUGUGGUCAGAGACGAAUGACUGGCUCUAUGGCAGCAUCAUUUUUUUAUAUAUUUAUAUUUAUUUUUUACUUUACCCUCGCCGACUCCCCUCCACGUAGAUCGUGUGUACGGGGUACAGCCAGCGCCAACAGGCUCCUUAUCCACCCCGUCACAGCGGCCAACCAAGGCGUUCCUGGUGUAGGUUUCAGAGAUCGAGUCUGGCCGCUAACGGUGAUUGUCAUCUCGCACCCUCACGCUAGACACUCCGAGCACACUAUAUGAGACACUUUUGGUGACAACUGACAGCGCCAACUUCUGCUGUCCUCGAUUGGGUCCGUCACAGUCAAGUUCAAGUCAGGUAUUAGUUAAGUUAUACCGCUUACACUCACUGCCAGCCAGGCUCCGGAAACAUCCUGGGUGAGCAGGUCUCAACGUGGCUGUCUCCCGCAAGCCCGGCCAUACGCUAUAACGAGCAGUGAUUGCCAUGGCCUAUGAUAUAUUUACACUUAUAAUUCUUCUGCGAGUCCACCUCAGCCCGCCGCGGCAUCCCUGCCCUGCGGGCUUCGUCGUCGGAGGUAUGACUUGCAGAAACAAGGGAACCAAAGACGACGAAACCGCCCUGCUUUGGGACUCACUGUGAGCACACAGCGAGCCCUUUAUCCCUCCCAACCGCGUGGAAACAGCCAGUUAGUUGGGUCUGGUCUUCUUUUCCACUUUCAAAAAUAAAUAAAAAUAAAAAAAGGCAACAGAAAAUAUUUAUAUUACGCUCUAUAUAUAUAGAUAUCCGGCUCGGAAGGUGCCGAUUGCGACCAGACAAAUGCUUCAUUCGGCGGCAGACACUUGACGGAGGUUCAACCAUCCCACCACUUCUAUCCAAGUACGUAUGUACUGCACAUCUGUCUACCAAUAAUUAGAUGCCCCUCGCUGGAUAUCCGCUUGUGCUCCUAUCGUGCAAAUCAGCUCGUGGUACAUCGCCGGCAUUGGUCCGCCAUUAUUGCCCCAUUCCUUUCCCCUUUUGUUUCGUCUUCUCUUCCCAGUACUAUCCUCCAUGUCCUCGAGCUCUGGAUGUAUGUAUCCCAUAGGUUCAUUUGCUGUCUCUAAAUAAAUACCCCCUCGUUCUGUCCUCCUUGCUGGCUGUACCCCUGAGGCACCAUCGGACUCAGUUCAGCCGCGAGAGCUCUCAAUUACUAUUAAAUCAACUCCCUGCCCGUCUCUACAGAGAACAUUCCAUCGCUGUGCCUUCGGUUUAUAUAAGAAGCGAAACGAUCCUCUGUUUAUUCCUUCUUGAUAUUAUCCAUAUGUGCUGAAGUCGAACAAACGUCGCACCCCCCUCCUCUGCUAUCUUCCAGGAAAAUUCUAUCCCAGCCGAUUGAUUGCGAUAUUUCUUCGACAGGGCUGAGGAAUUCCCGAAUCUUUUAUGAACCGGGGAAAAGCCCAAUCCAAAAUUCCUCUACUGUUAGUCUCUCGUUCUUCUCUUUUCGUUUUUGGUGCUCCGCAUCUUACAGGUUCUGGUUCGGCCUACUCCUGAGAGAAAGUGCCAGGCUUUUCUCGUGGCCCUGCCCCUCUCUAUCAAAUCACCCGCCCCGUCCCCCACUAGAGCUCCUCAUAUAGAAAGGUGGUUCUUGGGACGCCGCUUCGGCUCCAUUAUUGUGACUGGGCGUUUUUAGAAUCCCCCUGAUGAUAGUGCGUUUACAGGAAGGAGGAACCUGCUGCUGUCGACCAAUCGCCCGCCUAAUCAACCGACCUAUCUCACGAUGAGCCAGACUUAUUCCCCUAGCGAAGAGCAGGACUACACCUACACUCCGAGCAGCCAAUAUGGGAUUUCGCAGCCGUCCUUGCAUUCAUACUCGACUCACCUUCUCUCUCCGUACAGCCAAACCUCGUCGGUUUCUUCCGAAGGCUCCCAUUUAAGUCCCCACUAUGCUACAUCGCAUUCAAUGUAUCAUCAAACGCAACAGCAUUCUUCCCUGACUAGCAGCUACCCUUACCCCCCUCAGUAUCUUGCCCACCCAAGAUACCCUACUCCCCACAGGUACCUUGCCUUUCCAGACCCGCUUCGGGAUGUCGAGAUUGAGAGGCAAGAGUCAUGUAAUGAGCAAUCGAUGGCAUCUGAGCCAGUGCUACCACCCUUGGAAGGCUUCCCAGAUGUUGUAGAAUUCGACCAACUUGUGGCUAGUUACGUCCAGGACCUGUCGGUCAAAAAGCAAGAUAAAGCCUUGAUACACUCAAGAAGGGCGCGAAACAUCAGAACGGUGCUCAUAGACCCUAAAAAUACGGGUGUUGAGUCGGCACAAUUUCGAUUUUGGGUCAAGAAGAUGUUCAAACUUGAACCGAACGAUGGGAGAACACCUGAUUCGAAACGGUUGAUCUGCCACGAGGGGAAACCAGUUGCUAUUCGGGAGAAAUUGUUCAAAAUUUUGACAAGAGCACAUCAACAAUGCCAACACGGAGGUCGAGACAAGACCUCGGCUCAGGUUCGGAGGAUAUAUUCUUGGGUCCCCAAAGAACUAAUCUCCCGUUUCGUUAAAAUCUGCCCAACUUGCCAGGUUCGCCGGGGCUCACGUUUAACCCCUCCGAACUCCCGCAGGGGCUCUCCAAAAUUAACAACCUUACCGAAUCCUCAACUUCUCUCCCCACCAGGCUCACGACGCGACUCUGUAAUCAGCCGUUCCAGCGCUGCAAAUGGAAGAAUGCAGAGCGAGUAUUCCCACCACAUCCAAGGCGCUGGCUGGGGCCAUAGCAAUAGCCACGGUCAUAGUCACAGCCACAAUGGCCAUGGUAGUCACCAUCAUCUGCAUCACAGCAGCCAGUACCAACAUCAUGUCAACCCGCUAGCUCCGACUGGGCUAGGUACGCUUCCCAGGUCCAUUUCGAGCACCACAGAAGGCAUAGCGGGAGGAGGAAUGCAUUUGCCGCAUCUGGAUUACCAUACUUCGUAUGAAGAAGCUCAUGGGAUUCCCGAGUCACAAUAUUGAUGGGACACAACCUUUGUUGGGCCGGCUACCCGAUAUACGUGGGCUAGGAGUACGUUAACAGAUAAUCACUAAGAGCAGCUUGUUUAUUUUAUCGAGUUCAGCAUUUGGUAAUUGGUAUCGAUAAUGGGAUUAUUGUCACUUGGCAUUUUGGCAUGAUAUGGGUAUUCGGUAUGGUAGUUGACUUUCCUUUUUUGUCUUUGCUUAUUUCGUUUAUUCCAUUUUUUUCCUCCAUUAAAUGUUCAGGCCCUUUUCCUUUGACCUUGAGUAGGAACUAUAAUAUUUUCAUCAUUUCUUUUUUACUUUCUUAUCUUAUUUUAUUUUUAUUGUUUGCGGAAAAAUAUACAAAAGCUACGCUACAAGAGGGAGAAAAAACAAAAUACUUUCAUAUUUCUAUCACUCAAGCCUUCUUUCUCUCUCUCCUAAGUUGUCCGAUUACGAAAAGUUCAUAUAAUACAUGGGAUGGGUGCUAUGGGAAAGAAAAGUAACAGGGGUCGCCAGCAGGAGAAUUUGCAAACUUUGAAAAGGCUCAGAAAAUUAACUAAAUUGAGAGGAGUUGUGUUUUUUCAAGCUAUAUAACUCACUGUAUUUCCUUUUCUUCUCCAAUCCAAUGAUUUGUCUCAUAGAUCCUAUUAAUUUCAUAUAUUUCAUAUACUCUUUUGUCUGUUGUGUGUUUUUCCGUGUGGCUAAAAAAACUUUGCGUCCUGCUUUUAUUUUGCCACCCCCUUUUUUCCAUUCCUCUCCUGUGUUGUAUAAGGAGCCCUUUCUACGAUUAGUCAGACUAUUCACGGGUAUAGUAUAUAU